ACACACACACACAUUUAGAUAUAUAAAUAGUAUUACACAGUAAUUUGAAUUAAUUGCAUGAUUUACAAAAUACACUAAUCGAAUAUAUUAAUUAUUCAAGAAAUUAUUAUUAUAUUAAAAUAAUUAUAUUAUAAUGUCAGAUCAAUUAAUAGAAUGAUUAAUGAAUCGUAAUAUCAAUAUUGAACGCGCCAUUUUUAAACAAAGAUUUAAAAAGCGUGUCAGACCUGUAUAUGAAAGUGUUUUUCUUUUUCCAUUGCAACUCGGUUUUCUUUAACAAGAAGGAGGGACAUCUCUCAAGAGGUAUAAAACAGUAAGCAGCAGAUUUGUACAUCAGUAAGUGCAGUUCCAUCUUAGUUAGUAAAGAACUAUAUUUUUAAAUUUUUUAUUCCAUAAUUAAUUCUUAUCAAGAUGCCAAAAACAAGAUUGUAUAGAAUAUUUACGUGUUCUAUCCUUAUGGUUCAUACAGCAGCAUCCACUGGCAAUUACUAUUUUAAACCGGAUGAUAGAUAUGAACCUAACAUACAUAUUUUCAAUGGAAGGUUUAUACCUGGAGAUAACAUAAACCAAAAAAACAUUAAUAAUUAUGAUACAGAAAAUCAAGAAAGGGAUUAUGCAUUUAAUGGCAGAAUAAAUAAAGCGAAUCUUGAAGUCAGUAAUUUACCAUUACUUACUCAUUCGACUGAUAAUAGAUUGCCAGGACAUAUGGAUACAAAUUAUGAAAAUCAUAAUAACAAUUUGAAUCUUAUAAAAGAACAUCUACCUUAUCAUUUUCAAAAAUACUCUAGUAAUAGUAGCAAUACAGAGUUUGAUUUUGGAAAAUACAGACAUCUAGAUUCAUCUCAAUAUUCAAAUGAUCACCAUCAGAAAGGAUCUUCUCAUACUGAUUUUAUAUCUGGAAGCUAUUCUACUGGAGUCCCAUCAUCGUAUCUCGCUCCUAUAAGAUACGAACAAGGUUCUGACACAUCUAUGGUAGAUGAUACAUAUAUCAAUAAUGAUCAUCAACAAUUCUAUGGAAAACAAAGAAGUAAUACAUUUAAUUCCAAAGGAAAAUAUAAUUACGAAGAUGAUGCAUUAAAUAUAUUUUCACCUGAUAUAUUUUAUAUGCAAGAAGAUUAUAAGAUCAAAGAUCAAAUUCAAGGUUUAAAUCAAAACCAAGACACAUCUUUUGCUGACUUAUCAACCUCUGUAUCAAAUAAUUAUAAUUCUAACGCACAUGGUAAAAAAAUUAAUUUUCAUAAGUUGGAAAGACCAGUUAAUUAUAGAGGAAUCAAAUACUCAUCCAUUCGUCCUUCUAAGAGUAAUUUAAAUCAUAUAAUAAAGGGACAUAAGAAUAAUCAUCUUCCUAAUAGUUAUGCAAAAGAUAAUGGGAAAGCAAUAAUAAUUAAAAUUGGUGGCUCCAGUAUUUAUCCUAGAUAUGUUUAUUCUACAAGAUUUUAUCCUAAUACUAAAGGUGAUGUAAAUAGAGGUUAUAAAAAAAAACGUAAUAAUUUCUUAAAUAGGCCACGGAAUAAUCCAGUACCUAUUCAUUCGAUAAAUUUCAGUCAUAAUAAUGACAACAUUAACAAUAAUUAUGAUGAUUCUGAAUCUUCUGAAUUAUAUAAUAGAAAUACCGAAUAUACAGACAGUAUGAGAACAAAUGCAUUUACUACGUAA